GUUAACUGAAAUAUUGCUAAGAAACGAAUUUAAGCAAAUAAAUAUUCAUAUCAAAACUACAACGCUUUAAGAUGAUAAUUAAGGAAUAAACAAUUUUUCUUAUAUCUUUGUACUUGUAGCAUGAGAAAACAAAUUACAAUACUUUCAUUAAUGUUUAUACAAAGCUGUGGCAAAUAUCGUUUUACAAAACAUUUUACAGGAAAAAGAGUGGGGAGAAGUUACAAGAUAUUAAACAACGUACAAUGUCAUAUCAUACCACAAAAAUCACUGCAGGAAAUAUAUACAGAUUAUGAGUUAUUUGACAAAUACUUUAUCUCAGUUUAAUCAAGAACAAUGAUAGGUGGCCACCAGCAAUGAAUCUGAUCCUGAAAUAUUGCUUUUUCGCGAUUUAUAUAAUAUGCACAUUCAACGCGGAGUGUUACACAGCCGAUCAGACCAAAGCUCUGAUAAACAAUCUAACCACAGGUUACAAUAAGAACAUCAAACCAAGAUAUAACCAGUCAGAACUUAUAACAGUUAGAAUUACGCUGGAUGUAAUAAGUAUUCAAGACUUUGAUGAAGUUAAAGAAGUAUUGGCAAUAGUUGGAUACUUACAUAUUCGCUGGUACGACGACUUCUUAACAUGGAAUCCCGAAGAUUAUGGGACAAUUUCAAACACAUCUAUCAUUAACGAUGUGCUAUGGAAGCCUCCUAUUAUACUAGUUAAUAAAGUCAAUAAAAUAGAAAAUUUGAUGGAUUCUUGGCAAAAAGUUCGCGUGUUACAUACAGGGGAUGUAUUCUACUUUCCUGUGGGUACGCACUCAGUAACUUGUACACCGGAUAUAACGUAUUAUCCUUUCGACAGUCACACGUGUUAUUUCAAUUUCUCGUUGUGGGAAUAUUAUGAAACUGAAGUUGUUUUGAAACCUUUUACGAAAGAAGUACUCAGAACAUAUUACACUGCAAAUGGCGCAUGGGACUUUUUAGGCUCACGAGUGGAUAAGAACUUGUUCGGAUCUUUAUCAUUCGGCCUGUACCUCAAAAGAAAACCUUGGUUCGUUCUUUUUAAUGUAAUAGUUCCGAUGACAUUGAUGGUAUUCCUAAAUGCUUUUGUGUUUUUCAUCCCAGCUGAAUGCGGCGAAAGGAUAUCAUACGGUGUAACAGUUGUGUUGGCUAUUGCGGUUUUUCUUACCUUAGUCGGGGAAAAUCUGCCAAAGACAUCCAGUCCAAUGCCUAUCAUCAGCUUCUAUCUCCUUGCUUUGCUCAUUACAAGCAUUUUAAUAACAGCUGCGUCAAUAUUUUCUCUUCGGAUCUACCACCAAACUUCGUCAGAGAAUGUUACAUCAUUCAUGUACCAAAUAGAAAAAUUAUGCAGGAGCAAAUCAAUAAACUGGAAACAAAAAAAGCUAAAAAAUGAAACAGAUCUACACAACUUAAAGAAUAACGUUCAGGGUUCAAAAAAGAAUCACAUGGAAAGAAAUGUUUCCAAAAUGGAUGGUAGUCCUCCUGUUUCAACAAUAUUGUCAGAUUUACAUGGAAGGAACAAGCAUUUAAACUUUACUAAUAGAGACAACACACAAAGUAUAGAAGAAAGACCAGAAGAAGAAUCAUCUCUCAAUGAAAAGGACUCUAAAGACAAUACUGAAGGUACAUGGAAAGAUAUAAGUGUUGCUCUAGACAAAAUGUUCUUUGCACUUUUUAUUGUUUUAUUUACAGUUGAAACAGUAGUCUUCUUUGCUAUAGUUACUUUGAAACCAUGACUUGAAUUUCUCAAUGCUACUUAAUUAUGUGAUAAAAA